ACUUCCGCGGACACUUUUUUUUUAGUGAGCGAAAUAUCCUGCUAUAUACGAUCUUUGGUAUACAGUGGUAUCGAUAAUACGUGAUUCAGAACUAGGCCUAAGAAUCUUGGCUAGUGUGCUGUUCUAACCACUCCGCAUAUCUGGGUAACCAACGGAUAUAAAUAACAAAGGUGACAGAGCAAGUUUAGUCCAGCACGCACCGCCGGGGCGGCAUCUUUCAUGCGACAAAUUUUUAUUGACCCUGUCACAGACUUGCAGAUUCCGUGAUACCAGCCUCAAAACCAUACUGUGAAUAUCUUCGUAGCAUCUUUUGGCGGAGGACUAGAUUCGAUUUCGUGACCAUUACUCCCCACCAUAAUUGUCUACACAAGCUGCAAACAAGAUAUUCUAAAACAGAAAGUUCUCACUAGAUUGUGACAAACAUGGCGGCACAGAUCGAUGAAGAAGCCAGCUUAAACGCCAACAAAGCUUUAACGGUUAUUUUUAUCAUAGGAAUUCUUGCAUGCAAUAUUGUUCUGCUGUUCAAGUUUCUCCGGAAAGGGCGGUUACUCCGGAGUCAACGUAAAUUCCUCGUUGAGUCCCUCGCACUGGGCGACAUUGUGCUGGCGUUGUUCCCCUUGCUUAUGGAAGCCCGUCGCUAUUUUGAAGGUUACACACUCUUGUGUUAUGGAGUUCAAAUUGCAAACACAUUCGCAACUGCUUUCAUCCCGUUUGUGUAUGGAGUUAGUAUCAUCGUUCUCUGUAGCGAACUCUGUUUCCGGAAAAAACUUCGCUCUUUGAUUUCCAGUCCUGAACUAGCGUCCUUAUUAAUGGCAGUGUUACCUUGGGGUAUUGGAGCCAUCCUGAUCUUUCCCUUAUUUUUGACAGGCGCUUAUGGUUGGCGCUGCGAUCUCAAGUCAAGUGACAUGUUCAGGGCUGGCUAUGUCGUUGGCAUUGUUUUACCAUCGAUCGCGGCUGUCAUCGUCGCUCUCAUAACCAGAAUGAGGACACCCGAUGCCGUAUCUGAGUAUUACGAGACUCCUCAAUUUCAAAGUUUCAUGCUUAGUCAGGCAGUGACGACACAGCACGCACAAGUAUACCCACAACAGCCAUAUUAUAAUCCAGGACCCCCACAACAGCCAUAUUAUAACCCAGGACCCCCACAACAGCCAUAUUAUAAUCCAGGACCUCCAAAACAGCCAUAUAAUCCAGGACCCCACCAACAGCAAAACGACCCAACGCUACUGCCAGCAGCAGCACAACAGCCAAGCUUCCCUGCCUCUCAGUCUCAGCCACCUUCUGCUAACGUUAGUGGUCCUCAAACCUCUGAUCUCAGUCAAUUCGCCCAGCCUCUACAACCGAUGCCCCCUACACAAGCUGUGUUCCAAACACCAGUGAGCUCGACACAGCCACCCUCAGAUCAACAACAACAACUGUUGGCCGCGGCAGUCAGGAAUGAGCAAAGUACUCUGGUCGUAGUUGCUGUUCUAAACGCUCUUUUGUCAUUGCCGUUUGUCCUCUUCCUACUUGGCUACGAGCUGAACGAGGACCAUGACACUCUAGAUCCAAUUCCUCUAAUAACAUUGAGAUUAUUAUUUUCAUGGGUGUUUUAUCUCCGUCCCAUCGUGACGCCUAUUGUUUGGAUAAUCAAGGACAAAAAUUUUGCUUGAAAAGAAAGAAGAGGCAGAAUUCUUAACCCUAUCCGUACGCCCUGGGGUCAUUUUGCUAGCAUCUG